ACAAUAAUAAUCGGAAUUCGUAAUCUACAGGUAUUUUUAUAUGGUUUAAUAAAGGCAUUUGUGCAUUCACGUGAGCAUAGAAUUUCGAUUAGCAGCGAAGUCAUGGAGCUGAAAAUGAACUGAAUUGCAGAAGGGACUUCAUUACUUCAGUGGACGUCGGGGUGCAGCUUGGUUUUACCGUCAAUAGUCGUUCCUCCUCGGAGUGAGACUUUGGAAAAGCGAUGUCAGGUGCUUCGAGCCCGCUUGAAACAUAAGGAGUACGACUCCAUGGUGGCUGGGAUUGAAAGGAUUUCUCAAAAAGGUGGCAAUUCGGAUGACGGCCCGGAGGGAUGGCGUCAACUGCGGCGUCAGUAUAUUGCCAUGAUCAACACGCUUGUCACUAUCGGAGGAACUUUUGUCUUUUUCUAUAAGGCAGUUGAAUACUCUUUGCCAGAGCCGAACAUUCCUGCCCAGGUGCUAGUGGCGAUCCUAGCGAGUCUCGUCGUCGCGGUAUCCGAACUCUAUUUCCUUCUUAGAAGUAUUUAAAUUCAUAACGAAUGCGCCCGCCACAAUAAUAGGCGCAAAAUUUAUCUGCUACUUGUCUUGGCGGCGUUGACAGCUUGCAGAACGUUUCGACUGUGCACACUUUGCUUUAAGUUAGCCACCAUCUUGCGAUGUAAAGUCGACGGGUAAAUCAGACGCAAGUCCUAGCUGUUUAUAACCGAUAAUAAUAAUAAAUAACAAUAACUGUUAAUAAAUAAGAAAUAGUCAUCUGGUCAAAUAAACCUUCAAGUAACAACUAAACCCUAGCUUAGUUUCUAUAUAUGGUCUGUCACGUACGUGUAAACGCCUGUAAACGAUUUGUGCAAACGAAAAGCAAAGCUUCUUUAAUAGCCCAUAUAACAGCUAAACAUGAAUGACUCUGUGGGUCUGUCGUCUGUUGAGUUGCCCUGCGAAGGACGAACGAAGAACCUACCAAAGUCGGCAAAAGUAUCUAAUAUAGUUUCUUGUACAAACUGCUUUGAGCGGGAUAAAUAGUAAAGACCAAAAAAAUGGUUAUUUAUUAUUUUACGUGACGUGCGUUCGUGAUAUGUGGUGGUAUUGCGGGUUGUUAAGGAGUAAAUAAGAAGUAGCUAGUAACGUCAUUGAUAUAUUCACGUAGAGUUGAUGAUUAUUAAUAUCCUGUACAGAUUCAUAGGUCGUAGGUAAAAUGUACUCACGAAAAAUA